AAGGGAGGAGGCUAUUGGAGGGCUGCCGGGUGCUGGGUAUGGUAGGAAGGACAGGCCACAAGUGAUGUCUGGUAUUUCUUCCACUGCCACCAUGCUUAAGGCUGCAUUUCUGCCUGUGGUCUGUCUGGUAGUCUCCUACAUUACAGACAGCUGCUCUAGCUCAUCAGCCUGAGGUCUGUGCCCUCAUCUACUCCGUCCGUCCUCGAAGUCUGCAUCACCAGUCCCUCUACCCUGAUCUCUGCCAAGGAAUGAAAACAGGGAAAGAGAGGAAAAUAGUCAUUAUAGUUGACGAAAACAUUUCAGUUUUCUUAAAGUUGAAAGAUUCUGUUUUCUUCCGCUGAUCAUUGACAGAUAGUGGAUUUGAUCCCUCAACACAUCAAGCCAACUGGUGAUAGACUCAAUUUUCUGCCUCAGGGGAGAGAGAUAAACAGCUUUCUGUUUGGACUCUAGAAGAGAGACUCGACAUUGGGGGACAAACCCAGUCAUCUUUAGCCAGAACACUGAAAGAGACUAAGUUUUCUGCUUUACCCUGACAGACACAACUUUCUGUGUCAAGACAAGACAUGACGAGAAGUCUUCUGUCUGAACAGAGACACACAGCCUAGAAAGAGAGACCAGGACUUGGAUUUCACCCUCUCAGAAAAGGAACCAGCCUGGUCUAAGCAGCUGCAUCUCAGAGGUUAACAACAGCAGGAGCAGGACGGAAGGGCAGAGGGAGCACCUUCUUCCUCCCUAAAGUACCCCCAGCUGCCAAGACCCCAGUCAGGUACAUUGUCCUGGUGCUGAUCUAAGUAAGACGGGGCCUGCAAAGUGCCAACAAGCACUGAGGAAAACCAUAAUGAGCUGGUCUGGGGUAUUUAUUUUUAACACUGACAGAAGGACUGCUUGGCCUGCUGGGUGUGAGAAAAAACGAUGGAAGAGUUUUUUUCUCAAAGCGCAGAGAGACUGGUUUUCUUGAGAACGGGCGAUUUCCUUUUAAGUUUCGUGGCAGUAGGAAAUCAUAUUGUUUGACAUUGCUUCCUCGACUGCCUAGGGGGGAGACAGGAUGGCGACCAAGACCCCUCAGACAGAAAUGCAAAGGGAGGCCGUUCCAGAGGUGUGGUGUGUGACGGGUGAUGGCCGACUGGAGUCUCCUGGGCAACUUCUUGGAAGAGGUGCAGGAGCACUCGACGUCUGUGGGCAAGGUGUGGCUCACCAUCCUCUUCAUCUUCCGUAUUCUGGUCUUGGGCACGGCCGCCGAGUCGUCGUGGGGCGACGAGCAGGAGGACUUCACCUGCGACACGGAGCAGCCCGGUUGCGAGAACGUUUGUUACGACACGGCCUUCCCCAUCGCCCACAUCCGCUACUGGGUGCUGCAGAUUGUCUUCGUGUCCACGCCGUCGCUCAUCUACAUGGGCCACGCCAUGCACACGGUGCGCAUGGAGGAGAAACGCCGGCGCAAGGAGCAGGAGGACCAGGGGGGAGGUGACGGGGAGGAAGGAGGAGGGGAAGGCGGAGAGGAGAAGCAUUAUCUGGAGCACGGGGAAGAGAAGGGGGGAGAGUGCGGGAAGGAGGGCAGCGGCAUAGGGAGGGUGCGUCUGCGCGGGGCGCUGCUGCAGACUUACGUGUUGAGCAUCCUGAUCCGGACGCUAAUGGAGGUGGUCUUCAUCGUGGUGCAGUACAUCCUCUACGGGGUCUUCCUCAAUGCCCUGUACGUGUGCCACAGCCGGCCCUGUCCCCACCCGGUUAACUGUUACGUCUCGCGGCCCACGGAGAAGAAUGUGUUCAUCGUGUUCAUGCUGGCCGUGUCGGGCGUGUCGCUGUUUCUCAGCGCCGUGGAGCUCUACCACCUGGCCUUUAAGCAGUGUCAGAGGUUUCUGAGGAGGAAACGACAACAGCAGCAACAGCAGCAGCAACAGCUGCUACAAGGACGCACGCCUUCAAGUGCUACGGUCAUCACCGCUGAACCUGACAGCCCACCCCGUCCAUCCAUGCCCUGCACCCCACCCCCAGACUUCAGCCAGUGUGUUAGCUCUUCCCCUCACACACACCCCAUGCACACCCAAUCCCACCCCCAUCCUAGCUGCCCCCCUUUCAACAACCGGCUGGCCCACCAGCAGAACUCGGUCAACAUGGCCACUGAGCGCCACCGUGUUGUCCACAAUGACCUUGAAACGGAAGACUUCCUGCACGUGACCUAUGAGGGGCACGCCAACACGCCCAACGCCUGCACCCCGCCCCCUUCGCUGCUCCAAAACGGCUUCCAAAAUGGUUUCCUGAAGGACAAGAGGCGUCUGAGCAAGACCAGCGGCUCCAGUAGCCGUGUGCGACCCGAUGACUUAGCUGUAUAGCUCCAAUUCCCAACACACACACACACUGUCCCUGGAUCGUUUCAAACACACACACCCAAGACUGGGAUGACUGUUACUCAUCUGUUGUCGGGGACUAAUUUGAACACUGCAUGGCACAAGUUAACGAAGUCACAAAGUAUCACAAGUCUUGAAACGGAAUACUCAAACUAAUCAAACAGCUGUAGAGGGGUUAGUGCCUUCAUAUUUAGCCCUCAGGACUAAUCCACUAAUGUGACUGUCUGAGACCUCGGUCUGACUGCGUCCUAAAUGGCUCCCUAUUGCCUGUCUAGCGCACUACUUUAAACCAGGGCACAUAUAGCUUUGGUCAAAAGUAGUGCACUAUAUAGGGGAAUAAGAUGCCAUUUGAGACAGAGACAUUGACUCUGACUGCUGUCGCGGAGUCUCUCCCUGAGAGACAGGGGGGCCUUGUGCCAGACCUGAGAAUGAGUGGGUCACUGCCACACUAUCAACUUUGUGACACUGACUGGCUGCUGGGGACAGCUAAGUGGGACAGAUGAGAGCCAGUCUGUCACUCAGAGAGAGAGAGAGAUAUGUGAAGGACGGCUGCCUGUCAAUGACCCACAAACGUACGCUUAGAUGAACGCUCUGCGUGUGCAAGCUUGCUCUCUCUCAUGCAUGCACACGAACGCAUACACACACACACUUUACAUUUACAGAGGCACGCAGACACUUUCGUUGGCAUACAACACAAACACGCAGACACACCAUGCUAAUCCUGAUGUUGUCAUCACUUCCCACCAGAGAUCCAGUAGGACCUACAGGGAUGACCCAUGGGAUUAAAAUAUAUUUUCUUGUGUACUUUGUAUGGUUAAAGAGAGACAGACAAAACUACAACCUAUUCUGAUAUGGGCUUUAUUUAUGUGGAGCCAUCAUCGGUUAAAGCAGACAUCCCAAACUUCCCAGGGUGUGGGGAGGACAUAGUUCAUAGUGCAUAGUUCAGAUACCCUGACUGACCUGGUUCCCCGUUACCUAAAACCAUCUGAAAGGCUAAAUUUAUUGUUAGAACCUUCGUUGGAGCAUCAUUAUAUCUCAGAGCUGUUUCCCAAAACCAUCGUUAACAACUUUGCAAUUGAGAAACGCUCGUAACCUAACGACGGCCUCGGACAACUCCUAGAAUAUCUGCUAAACAUUGUGUCACAUGGUGUCUCUGUGACGCCGAUCACUUCAGAACAAAGUCGACUCGAAAUACAAAGGUGCCAAUGUGUUUGCAAUUGAUACAAACAAGCGACAAAUGCAAAUAUGCUUCAAAUGAAAACCGGAGAUGACUGCAUUAAAAUAUAAACAGUAGGCCUAUUUCAAUAAUAUUGAAAUACAUUUCACAUUCAAUCAAUUGAGUUCUAUUUUGUUCAGGGGCACAACUUUGGUUUUAGAAGUGGGGGGGACAUAAAUAUAUAUAUAUAUGUAUGUUUAUCCAGUCAGAUAAACACUCCAAAAAUGCAACUUCAGAAUGUGGGGGGGACAUGUCCCCCGUCCACAGUGAAAGUUGCACCCCUGCUUUUGCUACUGUCAGUAUUUGUCUCAACAUAUUCCCUGAUGUGUGCGCAAUGAUGUGCCAAAUCGGUGAUUUGGUGAAUUUUCAUUGGGUUGGCAUUAUUCAUAAAAACAGCCUCAAUGGGAGCUGUCAGUAUUGUGAAAUAAUUAUAAUGUUAAGGAAAUAUUUGAAUGGAGAAAGCUGAUCCGAGACCAGCGCUCUUUUUCUUUAGAGCCUAUCAGUAUCAAUGCUCCAACGACGCACUUUGCGACCGUUCUCUCUGCGUGGUGAUUUGGCAGACGCAUCUUCCUUCGGUCGUUGUCGGAAAGAUGCAUCAUUAAAACACUCAUAAGCCUAAAUUCCAUCGCUAUCAGAAAACCGGGCAGAGACUUUGACCGCGAAUUUUGCCAAACGAGUGCUCGUCUAUUGUCAAGGAAUUCUCUUCAUUUUUGGAAAGGCAUUCCCUUUCAGAAUUAGCAAACAGAAGGGCUGAUUAUAUAUAUAUAUAUAUAUAUAUAUAAUAUAAAUAGGAUCUAGCUUUUUUAUCUGGCAAAGUAUGUGAUCAGAAACUGAAAUAGUUUUGCACUGGUUUACAGAAUCUGUGUGUAUAGUCUUUUUAAAAAAUCUCAGAUUUGCGUUUUGAAAUGUUUAACUAAAUCUAAAAACUAAUUAACAAAAAAAUGUUGUCUAGCUAAUUUUCAACACAUCUUUGUUUAAUGUGAAUUAUAUUGUAUUGGGGUGGUGUCAUUGCGAUCACAUUUUUGUCAACUUUGCACUUUAGCAAAAGGCAAUGUGAAAAUCUGUAUCUUUAGUGUUACAAAUGUUUUCAUGUUAAUUUUGUGUAUAAAAGUAUAUAUUGUCUGCCGUUAAAAACACAUUUACCCGUGACACAUGAUAGGAAUUUGCAAGCUGUCUUAUCCACUCAUUUUUCAAGUAGAGCGAUUCUAUUUUGCACACUGAGGACAACGUUCACUGUACUGUCUGCACUAUAUUGUAUAUUGACUGUGUAUGGUAAAGACCACUGAUUCCCUUCGCAUUAAGACAAAAUGUCAAACGAGCACAAACUCAAUAUAUACAUCCCAUAUGUACCA